AUGACGACCAACAUGCCAAACGAUCUUUAUGCCGUCGCAGAUUUCUGCCUCAUCCCGAUCGGAACAGGAGAAUCUUCUGUCGCAGAGUAUAUCGCAGAGUGCCACAGAGUCCUGGAAAAAUCAGGCCUGACAUUUAAGGUGAGAGUGGGUAUCGGAUAUGGUACUAAUCUUGAGGGGCCUUGGAGCGAAGUGUCUAAAGCCAUACAUGAUUGCCAUGCUGCAGUACACGCCAAAGGUGCCCCUCGAGUUGCCACCGACAUCCGCAUUGGUACACGCGUAGAUCGUGACACUCUCGCAGGUGAUGGCAACAACCACAAGGUGAGACGUGUAGAAGAGAUCAUAGCAAGAGACAGAGCAACUGCAUCAUGA